GCCACGGCGAGACUUGCCUGGGUUGUUUCGCCGGUCCGGUUUAGUCGACGAUCUUGUCUCGACAUGGUCGGAUUGGCAGCCCUCUUGGGCGUGUUGGUCGCCGCUCUGGCCGUCCCGUCGCAACAGCAAGAAGCAGUCGCAAACGCAAACCUGACGCUCGGUGAAGUGGUGACCGUCGAAGUGCAGUACCACACUGACAACGGCUACAUUCAGUUUCUCCUGUGCGACAGCGAAAGCUGCAGCAUAAUUGAAGUUCGCGGCGCAACGCCAGAGGGCGUCCUUUGGUUCAACAGCUACACUGGUUGCAACAAAGAUGGGAACGCCUGUUUCUACGACAACGAUGCAUCAUUUUACCGGAAGGCGAAUCAGAGCGACUAUACGAUGUUCAAAGACAACGAGACGCACGUGUUCGAGGUCCAGAAGCGCCCGUCCGAACUGGUGCUGUGGGUCAAGGGCAAGUACAGCGAUGCCACCAGACUAGCAGUGCCAGCGAGUGGGAGGCGCUUUCUGGUGCGCCCAGCUGAAGGGCCUUCCCGCUUGCCAGUCAAGAUAAUGGCGGAGUCAUCUUCGCUGACUUUUUCCUGGUCUGAUAUGGUUUAUUGUGACUCCAAUCAGUUUAAAUGUAAAGACGGGCCUUGCGUGAAGCUUCUUGAUCGUUGCUCUGGGACGAAGGAGUGCGAAGACGGAUCCGAUGAGUUUCUCUGCGACCAAAUCCCUGAAACCAACAUUUCGGUCGGAGACAUCUUGACGGUCCGAUUGAAGUUCAAGAAUGAUUCCGGUGGCGUGGGGUUCCUCUUGUGUGACUUCAACACGUGCAGCAAAAUUCACGUAGACGGCUCUGCGCCGAACGGAGCCCUGUCCUUCACAGCGUACACCGGCUGCAACUCAAUCGGCGGCAACCUCUGCACGGUGGCUCGUUCGGACCACCCAGCCAAAUGGACCACGUUCCCGACGGGCGAUCUGACGUUCGAGGUGCAGAGGCGGCCAUCAGAGCUGGCAGUCUGGCUGGAGAACCACGCCGACAAGAAAGUGACGGUGCCGGUGUGGCGUGGCAGCGACCGACUGCGAGUCAGACCUCACUUUUGGAGGUCUGAAAUGACGGUAGAUUUCGAUGGCCCUCACUGCGGCAGCGCUCCACUUGCGCCAGUCACCCUCACGGUCAACGGCGAGGAGGCGGACCUCGGCGUCUACCCGUGGCACGCGGCCAUCUACGAACGGUUCCCGGACACAAGGAAAUACAUAUGCGGCGGUUCUCUCAUCUCUCGCACCAUGGUUAUCUCAGUGGCCCACUGUUUCUAUCGCAACUUCGAAGUCCAGCCAGCUAACAAAUACGAUGUCGGUCUGGGAAAACUUUACAGUGACUGGCAGCACGAUGAGGUCACAACAGUCUUUAAAUCUGAGGUCAAGCGUAUUCUGAGCCACCCUUACUACCAAGGGGAGCGGAGGCAGUACGGUGACGACAUCGCCCUCCUGGAGUUGAAAAAGUCCGUUCAGCUCAGUGACUACAUCCAACCAAUCUGUUUCGACGAAGAACUCGUGAUGAACACUGGGGAUAACAUACGGGUAGUUGGCUGGGGUGGCGGCCUUACGAAGCUUGAGUCCGUUAACCUGACGUACCAGAGUUUCUCGUCGUGCUUGAAUGAAAUUCAGUCAUCUCCUCACGAGGUCAAAUACGUAACCGCUGACAAAUUUUGCACCUUCCGCGCCAGAGGCGUGAACCGGCCUGCUGGUGUGACUCAAGGCGACAGCGGCGGUGGCGCGGUGGCCAAGCGCGGAGCCCGGUGGUUUCUCGUGGGGCUGGUGUCGGUGAGAAUGAACAAAGAGAAGAUAUUCGGAUUCACUGACGUAUCGAAACACAGCAAGUGGACUGUAGGGGCCAUGGACGGCGGAAGCUCAAGAAAUGUCACGAUUCAAAGGCAACGUCGCUCGGUCGUUUAAAUCAGCAGUGCAGAGUCAAUGUUGUGGCAAGUCGCUACUUCCCCGCGAGGAAAUGUUGCGCGCCUGGCAGUGGCCUGGCAGGAUGGCCUACAUGUCAGGCGCUGUCUUUCCCAGUCACGAAGGCGAUUUGUCUUCGUCAUGCGUCCAUAGAGGACAAAGUAGAGACAAUAUGAGCCCAUGAAAAAAGAAGUUCUCUAUACAUCCACUUUGGUUUUGCUUUUUGGUGUAAGAAUUAAUAUUUUUAACAUUACAAGAAUAUUGAUUAACUGUGCUUGACCAAAAGAAGUUUAGGUGCCUAGGGCGCUUACUGACAAAGCCAUCUGACCAGACCUUAUUUAGGUCUUAUUUAUGUUCUCCUGUAAGUUUUAACUCCACCCGAAUAACGGGCUUUCGCUCAGCCAACAAAGCUGCUUGGCCUUUAAAAUGUUUUCAAAUUUGAAUGAAGAAAAGCCAGCAGUACUACAAAAUAAUUUCUCCCAAAACACUUUGUAAAUUGAUUAUUUUGUAAACUGCAUGUGCCGAAAAUUUAGGCCGGAGUGUAUCACCUGAGUUCUCUUGUCAAGGACGGCGACAUGAAACAUUCUGUUGUCUGUCGCGUGCUAGCCGAGCCGCACCGUGCAAGCCUGCCUCAUUCAAGUAUUAAGGUAGCUCUCGGUAUGCAUGAGCUGUGCUUUGAGCUGACAGUGAAGACCAUCAGCGCGUGAGUGUCGAUGGCUCCGUGCACAGCGGGUGGCAGGUAAGUCACCCGAAUAUGGCCCUUCUAGGAAAAUGAGAGGGUCAGUUGUUGCAUCCUGCCGCCACGAGGAUCACCACCAGUACACUGUGGACGGAAAUGAGGGGCCCCCUUCCCCUAGACAGUCCCUUAAAAUGUAGGCAAAAAGCAACACUUUGCCUCUGUACACUGUUAUUCAAAGAAUGUGACAUUACAUUCGUUAGAAUGUGAAUUUUGUCACGUUCGCUUGAAUACGAUGUCACAUACGAUUGAACGUGACACGGCAAUGCGGCCCACCUGAUGCGGCUGUCACAUUCGUGACAGGAGGGGAUCAACAUUCAAACGAAUGUGACAAAAUUCACAGUCUAACGAAUGUGUCGUCAUAUUCGUUGAAUAACAGUGUAAGUAGGCAAUAAGAGGUACUUUGCCCUCCUCCACCCUCGACAGACUCUGGAUCCACCACUGGUACUGUGAAAACACAAGUGUGUGCAUGUCACACAUUUGAGAGGGGUGUGGGUAAGGAAAAAUUUGUUAUUUUUUCAUGUUUUUUUCAGCCUCCUCUUUUUUGCGGUCAUCCUGAAAUUACAAUGGACAUCACCAUUGGACUCUUUAUGCCUUUUUCCCUUUUACCAUCUAUUGUUGCUUGUCGGCACUUUUUGAAUUUACGCAAACCUUUUUGAUUUGGUCGACAUUUGGGUUUUAAUCCUUGCGCGCAGGAUUUCAAAUCCAAAUAUUGUCCCAAAAAUCUGACAAAGUUGGCUCAUCUUAUUAUGUAUGGCAGACAAGGGAGCCGGAUUUCAAAAACAU